AUGUACUCAGAGGAGAAGGAUAUCGUCAUCACAACUACAGAUGCUACUUUUGUUGAGGGUUCUUACUUUGAGAGGAUGUUCAACUGCAGUCUGACUUGUUCUGAGGACACGUCUGAAGAGCCCCACAGAGAAACAGCAUCUAACCUGGUGGAGGAGGUGACAGGACUGGAGGUGGAGAUCAGGAGGGCUUCUUCAGAGUCACGUCAUUUCCUCCCUCCAGAGAGAGAAGCACAGCUCAGUCAUGUUUCUGGUCUCUCUGAGGGGAGUGAUGUCACCCAGACCCCAAGCAUCCUCUGGUCUAUCAAGGGGCAGCCUGCUGAGAUGGACUGCAGUCACACUAAGGGUGCUUUAUACUACCAGAUGUACUGGUACAGACAGCUACCAGGACAGGGGAUGAAGCAGGUUGUGUACAGUGUGCCCAGCAGCAAGCCUGACUUUGGAGAGUUUGGUGAAGUCAAAUUCUCUGCAAACAAGACUGUAGCAGAGAGAGGAUCUUUCACAGUGAAGAACUCUUCACCAGAAGACAACGGCAUGUACUUCUGUGCUGUUUAUGAACACAGUGAUACAGACAUCAUGUGCAGCUGCACAGAAACCCCCAAUUUCUCAUGAAAGGCCCUGAGUGACGUCAUGUGAGAUGACAGUGUGUUCUGCUGACACUCCCUCCAUCCACCUCCUCUGGGCAGAGUCACUGUGACACAGCAGGGGGUGGGUGUAGCUCAGGGGUAGACAGCCUCCUCCCUCUCAGUUAGUAAGCAGACUUUGUGAACAAUACUUCUCAAACCGUUACAAAGUGCUUUCCUGUACAUGUAUCAAUCCAACAAACCAACACAGAAUCAAAGCAAGACCCAGUAAAGACAACAGUGGUCCAGCAGUAACAGGUCCCAGAUUAUCAGAGUGAAGCCUCACUGGUAGAGCUUCAGCAAACAGGAACACCA